AUGUCUAAUCAGCAAGACUUCUUGUUCGUCGAUGCAGCUCAAGCAAAGACGUCUCGCCAAGGUCGCCGCAAUGCUCGUUCUUUUGUCAUGCAGAACGCGCGGAGGAAGAACCCUUGGUCUACAAGCAAACAUGGUGCAAAACAAAGGAAAACUGGAAGUCCCGAAAGCGCAAGUCCCAACAGUACAUGUGCGUCAACGCCAAAAACAACCACGCCAAGCCCACCAAUUGUUGCGAACAAGUCUGACUACUUUUCCUCCCCAGAGUCCAAGGGCUAUGCAAUAGUCAGAAAAGAUGUUUGUCCAGACUGUCAGAUUUUUCUGUGUCGCCCUGGUGAGAGGCUAUGCCAAAGAUGUCUUUUGCUCAAGCCUGCGGCGCCUGCAGAAGACCCAAAUAAUCAAUUAUUCGACCCUUUUCGGACAUCGUCUGUCGAAGUUACCCGCAGCGUAUCGGAACUGUUGAAGCAUUUUUCAACGGAGAUGGCGCCCGGUAUCAUCGCAGUCGACGUUCGGCAUCGGUCGACCUUGAUGAAGUCGGACUGGUUUGGUACAGCAAUCGGUAACUCAGGGUUCAUGCACAGCCUGCUCGCUACGAUUGCGCUACACGCCUGGGUAUUCGGGAAAGACACGAUUGAUGCCGUCUUAUAUCAUCGAGCACAAGCUAUUGCUGCUGUUAAUGCCGCGAUACUGACACCGGAUGGCGUCUCGGAUGCGAACAUAGGCGCAGUUUUCAAUUUACUCACCAUAGAGCAGGGACUCCGUCUGCCAUGUUUCGAACUGCAUGAAGACCACGCAGCCCAACUCGAGAUUCAUGAGAGAGGUUUGCAAAGAAUGGUGCAGUUGCGUGGAGGAUUACGAGCAAUCAACACAAAUCGCAUCCUCCAGGCUUUUAUGCUUUGGCAUUCGACCGCUCACGCCAUCUUCAACUUCCAACCACCAAGCCCCUCUACAUUGGAUUUCAUCAGCACGUCCGGUUUCCCACAUCAUCCUCCAGGCUACCGGCGGCACAUCUCACAGCAUCUAAUCGACUACUGCCGGCAUGCUGGUAUCAAAGAGUCGCUCAAUGCCCUGGUGGAAUCGGUGCUCUUCCUGAUAGCCGAUCUCAACGCCUGGUUCAGUGAUCCCGAAAGUUUCUUAGACCCUCUCGAUAUUCAGAAUUUCUCGUGUGCCUUGGAGUGCCUCUUACUUACAUGGCUACGUGAAAACGAACAUCUUGCUACCCCACUUGAAGAUGCGCUUUGCGUUGCGUUGCUCAUAUUCACGGUGCGCACGACAGAAGCAUUCAAUCAGCAGUCUCACGUUCACCAUCUUCACUUUGCGGCAAGCAAAAGAUUAGAGAAAGCGUUGAACUGUACCAUUCGUACUGAAUGGCAGCAUUGCCCCGACCUUCUGCUCUGGAUACUCUCUAUUGGCGCGAUAUCAGCGGAGCCCUCGCCGGAUAGCACAUGGUUUGUGUAUCAAACAUCGCUCGCUUGUGCAGAAUUCGACAUCCUUUCGGCCGAAGCGCUUCUCGAACGACUACACCUCUGCGGCUGGGUCAGCUACAAGCUCAAUGACGCUGUAUGUCAUCUAUGGGACAGGGUUGUUAAUCUCAGGCUUGCGCCAUUCUUCGAAGCACCCUCGAAAGCUGAAGACGCCAAUAGUCCUGUUGGACCGUUACAACAACACGUUGCCGAACCGGACCUCAACGCGUGGGAGAGCAUUGACUGGGCCGCGCUGAGUCUGGGUCUGGAUCAUCCAAACGAAGGGAAUGAAGAUAAUCCCGAUGACCGAGGUGCGACAGCAGAGACUUGCGGCACUGGAGCGACAGACGAAUCGUUGUAUACCUUUGGCAGCGGCUAUGCUUUCACGUGGCCCACGACCCAGCAUUCAUACCCACCCUGGAUGAACGGAUCGCAUAGUCACCACGAACAAUAG